GUGACCUUCAAAUGCUCAGCCUCUCCAUUAGCAAUUUGUGGCGUUAUCCUCUGCAUGCGUCAGAUAUCAUUGGCUUCUGCGAUAUGAAGGCUUUAGGGGUACUAAUCGUAAUGGGAGUAUUUUUCGUUAACUCACUCAACAUGUCAAGAUCAAGUGAAUUUAUCCCCACUGACGAGUGGAAAGAAAUUUUACCUGGCCAGAUAAUUCCUCCUGGCCUACAUGUACGUCAAAACUUGCAAACUGGACUUACCGAGGCGAAACUUAUGGAUGAUAAAUCAAAUUAUUCUUAUGUGAUAACAAACAAUAAUAUUACCGGUAUCGCCCUUUUAACGCAGUCCUCACAGAAUCGUGCAGGUGACACUAGUGGUCAUCACUCUGUGAAAAAUAGACAGCGUUUUCGUUCCUAUGAGGAAAUUAAGAAGGAUUUUCAUAAAAUGAAUGUGGGUGUUAGGACAGAUGCAGAGAUUAUUCACGAAAUAUGUUUGGAAUUAAAGGAUGGUAAUGUCACAAACGAAAGACUGGAAGUACUUUUAGAGGAUUUGUCUUACUAUCUACACCAGAUUGAUAAUGCUAAGAUUUUUGCAAACAAUGGAAACUUCCCGCUAAUACUAAGACUUCUCCUACAUCCCGACCAUAGAGUUAAGAAGAAGGCUUUACAGGCCGUUGGAGCAGCUGUCCAAGGGAACUCUGAGGUUAAAGCGAUUGCACUUCGAGAAGGUAUACUGGAACAACUUCAUUACAUUUUAAAGGCAAACUUGGAUGAACAGAACUAUACAAAAUCUUCAGAAAUAUUGCUUGGCGGAGUACUGACCCUAGGCGCUUUGUUGCGCCAUUUUCCUUUGUCCCAGAAACAGUUCUUUUUUACUGUACAGUUCCAACCAUCUGGUUAUGAGUUGCUCUCCCGAAUUGCCAGUCUUGAUGCCCCACAUGAUCAGGCCAUUUCUCAAAAAUUACGAGUUCGAGUUAUUACACUCUUGACAGACCUGUACAAUGAGCGGCUGACUGCUCAAAGCGUUUCUAAAGAAAAUCCCACAAAAGAAAAUGUAGACGCUUGGAAUAUUUAUGCUGGCAUUCCAUUUGAGGAAGGGUUCGUAUCUUCGGGAUUUUGCGGGAGAUUACGCUUCUCACUACAAAGAGAUAUCCAAGGAAGCACAAUGAUGGGAGGGUUAAGCACUUCGGUGAAUCAUGAUUUGCGUGAGAAAGUUGUCACAGCGUGCCUGAAAUUUGUCAACCUAUGCGACUGGGCUUCACUUGGUUCCACGGAAAAACAUCAUAUUCUCACACAACUUGACUUAUUAAUCGACGAGUACGAACUUCGUUCGAAAGAUGAAGUCAACGAAAACGAUUUCUAUUUUACUGAUAUGCUACAAAAAUGUCAAAAGUUAAAAAGCACGUUGCAGUAUGAGAGCGAUUUUCAAAAAACUGAUCUUUAAAAUUAUGACGAUUUGUUAUUCUACCUCUGUAUUUAGAAGAAGAACAUUUGUAAAUCUUGUAAACAUUUACUUUAAUAGUUCAUUUUUAUCAGAUGUUAUUAUCACUAAA